AUGGUGACAACUAAACUGAUAAUGUUGGGCUUUGUCAUACAUACUUCACCACCGAUAGCUCACGCAGCCAAAGAGUACUCCUAUCGAAGAAUUUGCACAACGAUCUGCCAUCGUCACGGCGAUCGGACAAGUAUAACAGCGUUGAAAGAUGAGGACUAUUGGAGAUCAACACUGCCGAAGCCAGAGACAUUGAAAGAGAUUGCUCGAGGAACAACACUCAUAAGAAGCGAUAAAUCGACAACGCACUCUGCCAACCCUAAAGGAUGUUGGGGGAAAUUAACUCAGCUUGGGCUUUUGCAAAUGAUAGCAGUAGGAAGUCAGCUAAAAGAAGAACUUACAGAUGCAUCGAAUCCACUCUCACCCAAAGAUAUUCGAGUCGUUUCAACGGACUUCCCUAGAACGAUCCAAUCAGCACAAGCUGUUAUCUUGGGGCUUUGGCCCGAUGGUAUACCGGAAGGUGAAGGCGUUGCAAUCGAUUGCCGACACACUCAUUGGAUGAUCCCUGAUCCUCAGCCACGCAACAGUGAAGAGCAAAAACAGCUCGAGCAAUAUUUGAUCUCUCGACCUUACAUGAUCCAGAAGGAAGAAGAAAUGCGUCCUAUAGCUGUCCGAUGCACCAAUGCACUCAAAGAACAUCUCGGACAGAAUGCCUUUGGCAUCAAGAUGGGAAUUGAUGUCCCAGUGGGCGAUGAUGAGAACAUAUUGCCAUGGGCUCAACUAGCUGAGAUUACCUGCUGCUUGCACACGCGAGAUAGACUCCCCAAAGGAAUAACGCCUCAGGAUAAAAUUGCCAUUUCCUCCCACUUGGCAUGGCGAUGGUUCCAAUCUCUUCGGCAUCCCCGUCUUGCCAAUCUCGCCAUGAACAAGUUUGCAACCGAAAUUGUCAAUGACAUGCAACCAAUUACACAUAAUCCAAGACUGACAAUCUACAGCUGCCACGACAGUUCAUUGGUUGGUCUUGUUUGCGCAUUCAAUCUCGAGGCUCCUGCCAGUUGGCCGGAGUAUGGUAGUGUCCUUCGAGUGGAUCUGUUGGAGAGGAAAGCGGCUGUUCGAAAUGGAAGCAACAGCGAACACAAUGAGCUUCUUGUCAGAUUUUCCUUGAACGGCGAACUGCUGCGGUCGCUUUGGGACGGUGAGCCGUGCGAUGAGAUACUUCUAGAAAAGUUGUGCCAAUAUUUAAAAACAGUUGGUGCAACAAAGGAAUAG